AUGGCCGAACCGAUCAGAAACAAGCGUUUGAACGAUCUCGCCGCGGGUGCGCCCACCCCCCAGAACACCCCCGCGACUGCGACGAACUCGUACAUCGAUUCGCACGCCUCCUUGCCCACAAUCAACACCAUCCAGGAGGAAGACAAAGCUGCUGUCGUCGCUGGUCUUAACAACCCUGCCCUGAUCUCGAUGAUUCAGGGAAAGCUCGGUGGUCUCGUCGGUCGAUCGUCGGGUUACAUUGAGACCUUGCCCGCGCCGGUCCGCAACCGUGUCACCGGUCUCAAGGGACUCCAGAAGGAGUAUGCCGAUCUCGAGAGCGAAUUCAGAAAAGAGAGCCUCGAGCUGGAGAAGAAGUACGCUGCCAAGUACAAGCCUCUGUUUGAGAAGCGUUCAAAGAUUAUCACUGGUGAAGUGGAGCCUACCGAGGCAGAGAUAGAAGCUGGCAAGGAAGAGGAGGAGGAUGAGGAGGAAGAGGAGGAAGAGGAGGAGGAGGAGGAUGAGGAGAAGGACGAGGAGGAAUUCAAGUCGCCAAUUCCUGCUGAUGCCAAGGGUAUUCCCGAGUUCUGGCUCACAGCUAUCAAGAACAUUCCCUUGAUUGCCGAGACUAUCACUGAGCAGGACGAGGAGGCUCUGAAGUACCUUGUUGACAUUCGUUCGGAGUUCAUUGACCAGCCUGGAUUCAAGCUGCUGUUUGACUUUGCUGAGAACGAGUUCUUCACCAACAAGACUCUCACCAAGACAUACUACUAUCAGGAUGAGACCACUCCUGAUGGAGACUACAUCUACGACCAUGCUGAUGGCGACAAGAUUGAGUGGAAGGCGAACAAGAACUUGACGGUCAAGAUUGAGAAGAAGAAGCAGAGAAAUAAGCACACAAAGGCCACUCGCACGGUCGAGAAGGUUAUCCCGACCGAGAGCUUCUUCAACUUCUUCAGCCCGCCUAUUGCGCCCGAGGAUGAGGAUGACGAGGAUAUCCCAGAGGACCUCGAGGAGAGAUUGCAGCUCGACUACCACCUCGGAGAGGAGAUCAAGGACAAGUUGAUCCCGCGUGCGAUUGACUGGUACACGGGCAAGGCGCUUGACUUUGACUUUGACGACUUUGACCCGGAUGACUUGGAUGACUUCGAUGAUGAGGAUGAUGUUGAUGACGAUGAUGACGACGAUGACGACGACGAUGACGACGAGGACGGAGAUGCUAAGCCGAAGCAGGAGGCUGCUGAGUGCAAGCAGUCGUAA